CACAAUAGAUUAUAUGAGCCAACAUGGCGUCCAAACGCCACAGUUUCAUGACAGUUCCUGUUGCUACGGGGUUCUAAACGAGCAUAAUCACAGGUUUCUAAAGUCGCACCAAGUAGUCGAGAGAUCUAAAGUAUGGUGCGGGUGGUGUUCCUCCAUCCAGACCUUGGUAUCGGUGGAGCGGAGCGGCUGGUCGUCGAUGCUGCUGUCGCUCUGAAGUCUCAGGGAUGUAGCGUUCAGAUCUGGACGGCCCAUUAUGACCCAACACACUGCUUCUCCGAGACCCUGGACCCAGAGCUGCCUGUGGUAUGUGUGGGUGACUGGCUGCCCACCAAUGUGUUUGGAUACCUUCAUGCCAUGUGUGCCUACCUGAGGAUGAUCUAUGUGGCUCUCUAUCUGGUUUUCCUCAGUGGGGUGGAGUACGAUGUUAUCUUCUGUGAUCAAGUGUCAGCUUGUAUUCCGGUGUUGAGGCUGUCCCGUCUUCGGAAGAAGGUUUUAUUUUACUGUCACUUCCCGGACCAGCUGCUGACCCAGAGGAAGUCAGCCCUAAAGAAGCUUUAUCGUGCUCCCAUCGACUGGCUGGAGGAACGCACCACCGGCAUGGCUGAUAUGAUUCUGGUAAACAGCAAGUUCACCGCAGGCAUCUUCAGCGAGACCUUUCGUGGUCUGCGAGGCGUCCAGACAGAUGUGCUGUAUCCCUCCCUCAACACGAGUACCUUUGACCGGCAGUCCAGUGAAGCACAAGGCCUGGAAGGGCUGCUCCCCGAGGGAGCCUCCUGCCUGUUUCUCUCUCUGAACCGAUACGAGAGGAAGAAGAACCUGGGUCUGGCUCUGGAGGCUCUCGCAGUCCUGAGGAGCAGCCUUCCUCCGGGCCAGGCGGCAGGUAUCCACCUGGUGGUGGCGGGGGGCUACGACGACCGAGUUACUGAGAAUGUUCAACAUUAUACUGAACUGAAAGAGCUAGCAGCGCAGAUCCACUUGGACGGCUGUGUCACUUUUCUGCGCUCCCCCUCCGACUCACAGAAGGUGGCGCUGCUGCGGGCCAGCGCCGCCGUGCUGUACACCCCGAGCAGAGAGCAUUUUGGGAUCGUUCCCGUAGAGGCCAUGUACUGCUGCUGCCCUGUUAUCGCGGUGAAUUCUGGGGGGCCCCUGGAGAGCGUGGCAGACGGGGAGACGGGCUUCCUGUGCGAGCCCACAGCAGAGGCCUUCUCUAAGGCCAUGGAGAGGCUGGUGAGGGAGCCACAGCUCCGCAGGGACAUGGGACAAGCUGGGAGGAGGAGGGUACAAGAUAAAUUCUCUCUCCAGGCCUUCUCAGACCAGCUGUAUGGCUACAUUGUCAGGCUGAGCGAGUGACGGGAAAGCUGGAGGAGAGGCGGGAGACGGCUGGGAAAAUGAUCCUCUUCUGAACUGUGAAUUGUCUGAGGGCCACUGGGGUCUACAGUGAGGUGAACAGAGAAUGUAUGUGUAAAUGUGCAGGAAGG